ACAUAUUACAAAGAGUAAAAAUAGAAAAAAGAAAAAGAGGAGCAUCUAACAGAGAUAUAACAUAGGGGUCGGGAAAUGAAAAGAGGAAUUAGGGUUUGGGUGUAUGGGCGGUGGCGAUUGGUUUGCUUGUCGGGUUGAGCCUGUGGCUGGGUCGGGGAUGAACAAGGAGACAAGGAGAAGGAAGCCUGGUGGUUGGCUAUUCUUGUGGGGCAAGUGGGUCAGAAUCGGAACUAAGGAGUGGGAGGACUGUCACACUUCUGUCAGUAGGAUUGGAGGAAUUCGGAAUAAUCGGAGGCCUCUAGAGAAUGAAAAGCCUAAAGAUUAUGCAAAUCGGUGUGCCGUUCAGUGGCAUCGUGUUUCAAUCUAUAGGGAGAAGUUAGGAGAUGUUGCCAUUAAGCAUGUCACUCCUGGGUCGGUAUUUUAUUACAUUACUUUUGUAAUUUAACUCUAAUCUCUUUGAGCUCUUCUUAAGUCGUUGCUUCUGGUUGUCGUUUUUAAUUUACAUGUUAAAAAGCAUAUGGUUCGCUGUAGAGCAGAUGCCUAAUCCUGCAGAAUGUGAGCAAAAAUUGGCAAGUAAUUGCUCAUGUAUAUAUCCCAUAGGGUUGACAGCAUAUCCCCCAGCCCUAUGAUGAAGCAGAGAACAUGUAAUGGAGCCAAUACUGUGGUUAUAACUCAAAGUUUUCUCAUUAAUCUAGAUAAUCUUGUUGCUCCUAAAUUUGUAUAACGCUCAAAACUUGUUUCUGAGAUAAAUACUCUGACUAAUUAUUAAUAUUUACUAGAUUCUAUCAAUAUAUUAUGUUUCCUUGUGCUUAGAAAUAUAUUUGUACAGGAAGCAAUUGUUUCUUCACUUUUUCUAAUGCCAUCACAUUCAUGUAUCUCCUCUGUUUUUUGAGAUAGUAGUCGUUCUAUUUUGUCGCUUAGUGUUAGAAACUAGGAUUCUAGACUUGAGAGAUGAAACUAAUGUUGGCAAAAAAUUCUGAGAGAUGAGAUGAUUGUAGUAGAUUAGAACUAGAGAUUAGUAUAGAUCAGACAGGCUUUUAGCCAGUGACCUGAAUCAGUUUUAUGCAAUAGUUCACUAUAAUUUAUAUUUUGCUACUUUCUAGGUCAAUCUUGUAUUUAGAGGGAAAUCUGGAGACUAAAGUAUUUUCUGACCCGAUUACUGGUCUUGUUCGUCGCAUCAGAGAGUUUGCCAUUCGUCAAACAAGUGGUGUUUGCAACUAUUGCUUUUGGCAUGGGUGUUGACAAGUCAAAUGUCAGGAGAAUUAUUCAUUAUGGCUGGCCACAAGCGGAUUCAAUUUUAUGAAGACGAGAUCUGCAAGCUUAGCGAACAGCGAUUUAUGCGAGUGCCGAUAAUGUGUAGCCUUCAGUAUAAAUGUGCUACAUGUCGUGGAGAAUGCUACCAGGUUAGAGAUCUUGAGGAUGCUGUCCAGGAGCUUUGGAAGAGAAGAGAUAUCUUUGAUCGGGAUUUAAUUGCAAAGUUAAGGUCUGCUGCUGGAUUGCCAACUCAGGAGGAAAUAUUUUCUAUUUCACCCUUCUCUGAUGAUGAAGAUAGUGGUCCUAUUGCACCUAAGAAUGAGUAUGGUCGUUCUGUAAAGUUUAGUCUUAAAAGGUUAGUUGAUAAAUCACCGACCUGUCCGGUGGAGCAGGAAUUCAUUAUUUAUUCCAAUCAAUAUUUUUGUGAAUAGUUUCGAGGUUUUCUUUAAUGUAAUAAACAACUUUUGUAAUAUAUUUUUAUUAAUGAAAUCGAAUUGUUUGUUCA